AUGGAUAAUCAACGGGCAUCCAGAACAGCCCCCUUCUACGCGGUGCCAUGCCGCCGCCUUAUCAGCGUGGAGCACCCAGCCGUGAUCCGCAAUGUCGACAAGGCGAUCGCUACAUUGAAAGGCGACGCAGGACUAAAAACACUCCUGGAUCCAGCCAAGAAAGACACACUAGCUAAUCUGGUGUUGCGGCCGGAAGAUGUCAUGGCUCGCGCAGUCCAGUCAACAGUCGUUCCGUCAAAUAAUGUCCUGCUCAAGGUCACUGUUCCCAAGCGAACGGGACGGAAGCGCAAGAUAGGCUCGAAUGAGCCGUUCACAGACGCAUCACCGGCAGAAGAGAUGCAGCCGCCUCGACGGACUGCGAAAGAUCUUCUGCGCAGUCUGAGUGAUAACCCGUCAAACUAUCAGAUUGAGCCUGUGGGGAGAGUCGAGAAUACACAUGUUUUCCGAGGAAUCCCCGACUUUGUGUACUCGACCACAGCGAGUUCUUUCACGAACCGGUUCCGGGAACAGAUCGUUCCAUACGAUUUUGAAAAAAUGAAACAAUUUGACAUUGAUAUGGACAAAGGCGUCACCCAAAAUGCAGAUCUCAUCCCACCGCCAUCCUUCAGCCACGGCGACGUCCCAUUCCACUACAUCUACCGCCAAAACCCCACAGUCAAAAAGGCCAUCGGCCGAACCGGGGAACUAGAAACAGUGAACACUCAAACCGCAAACAAAAUCCUAACAUACCUAGUCCCAUACGACAUCGAGGAAGUCCCCAGCGAACCACGCCCCGACCUCGUCCCACUCAGCUCCCUAGACACAGGCCUGCAAAAAACAAUAGCAACUCUGAAAGCCUUAUACGAAAAACAACCCGCCUGGACCCGCCGCGGCCUCCGCAACAACCUAACAAACGACGACGACCGCCUAAACCUCCGCCGCGCAGUCCCCUACGUAGGCUACAUAUUCCGCUCAGGACCAUGGCGCGACGCAAUCAUCAAACUAGGCGUCGACCCCCGCACCUCCCCAGACUACCGACACUACCAAACCUUCAUGUUCCGCCUCCUAGCCCGUGAAGCCGAGGUCGCACGCGACGGCGGCGGCGGACGUCGUCACAACGUGCCCCGCCCAACAGACGCCCGCACAGCGGACGACGAGGGUGCCAGCACGCCGACGACAGGCCACAUCUUCACGGGCAAGCAGCCGUUUGCGCAUGACGGGCGGAUCUGGAUGGUUGGUGAUAUCAAGGAUCCGCAGCUUCAAGCGGACUUGUAUCCCGCCGAACCGGAGGAGGGGUUCUUGCGGAGUGAGUGCGAGAUUGUUGCGGAUGGGUGGUUUGGGAAUGGGACUAUUGCGAAGGCGAAAACCGUCAUGAGACAUAAGAUCCAGGCGCUGAUGGAAGGGCGGGAACCGCGCGAUGAGGAUUAUGAGCGUGUAAUGCGGUUGCCGGCCCAUGCGCGGUCGGAGGCGGAGUUUCCCCUCUUCACGCUUGAUCCGGAGACUGCCACGCAGAGGGAGAUUUCGUUGGCGACGGAGGUCAGGGCUGUUAUUCGGAGUUCGCCCAUUUGGAAGCAGUUGCCCGGGAAUGAGGGGAUAGUUAAGAGGGAGGUUGGGGAGGGGAGGGGCAGGCAAAAGGGGAAGCAGGCUGCUAAGGGGAAGAAUGUUGAAUUUGAAGACCCUGGGCUGGAGGCGGAGAGUGGGAAGGUUGAGGAGGAGAGUGAGGGUGAGGAGGAGGAGAUUGAGCGGAGGGAGAUGUUGGCUGCUCAAGUUGCCGCGGCUGUGGAGGCUAGGGAUGCUGAUGAGGAGGGCGAGGAGAGUGAUAAUUUGGAGGAGAACGAGGAGAAUGAAGAUGAGGAUGACGAGGAUGAGGAUGAGUGA